CUCAGUUUAACCCCCCCCCCCUUUCUCCAUUCCUUCUUAGAAUAGAUUCUUAAUUUUCUUUUUCUUCCUUUACAUUUUUUGGAAUUCUGUUUUCAAUUUCCUUUUGCGAUCAUUGAUAUUUUGGUUCUUGGUUUCGAGUAGAAUUUGGUUGUUUCAUGGCAAAAGGCCGACGGUUGACCACCAGCAGAAGCGAGCGGUUUCUCGGAAGCUAUAGCCAUGGGCACGGCCAAGGCCAAGGAGACACUGCCGUUGAUGACGUGGAACUUGGCGACGAAGAUGUUUGGUCAAUGGUCGAUAACGUCGCAGACCGAGGAGACGACUGGAGUGUCGAUAAUUAUAGGCACCAGUGGAGUCCACGUGCUGAAGCUGAGAGUAAUGGGAAUGGGAACUUCGACGUGAGGGGCAGUAGUCGCCGUCGAAUUCCCCGAGGCGAUCGACACGUGGGCGGGCUUUCCUUGGCUUUCGAGGAUUCUUCUUCAACGAAACCUAGGAUCGUGAACCAGAUUCGUAGCCAAGACGGCAUGGCUGCAGCUAAUUCGCCACGUGGGCACCACAUGGGCACGUCAACUCCAGUGGUUGUGCCUGACUGGAGUACGAUUUACAGAGUUAAUUCAGUGGAGUGGGUACAUGACUCGGAUGACGGAUUGGAUGACGGCGAUUCGGAGAUGGUGCCGCCACACGAAUACCUGGCGCGUGAGUACGCUCGUAGUAAAAAAUCUGGCGGCGCUUCGGUGUUCGAAGGCGUGGGUCGGACCCUCAAGGGCCGGGACAUGAGCCGGGUCAGGGAUGCAGUAUGGAGCCAAACAGGGUUCGAUGGUUAACCAAUUUGUUAGCCACUCGAAGCAAAAA